AUGAUCAAUUCUCACAAAUUACCCACUACUUUACUGUUUGUUAUCAGUUAUGUGAGUGUUUCUGUAAUCCUACUCAAACACCCAGUUGCCACUACUAAAGACGGUGUAUACGUAAUCAAUCAGCAACGGCAAACAACCACUUUUUCAGACAAUAACCAUCUUUCAGAUGAAUUGAACCGACUAAUCAAUGUAGAGGAUCCUUCUUUGGUUCACAAGACUCAACCAAGACAACCUUCAUCACAUCAGUCUAACCAACAUGUCACUUCCAAUUCUUAUGAUGCAACAUCAUAUGACUUAACAGGUGACUUGUGA